AUCAGUUAGCUCAAACAUGGCGGAAGCUCUCGUAAUGGCUGUGAUGGAAAAGAUAGUGUCUGACAUCGCCGAAAAACCCGUCAAACCUGUAUGUUCCAAACUACUCAAAGCAGUUCUACCAUCGGAAGAAAUACACCGAAAAAUGAAAUGGUUUCAUACUGAGUUUGGACUCAUGAAAGCCUACAUAAGAUAUGUGGAUACAAUGAAAGAUGUUGACGAGCGAUGGAAAGAAUGGGUGAACAUUCUAAGGGGCCUGGUCUACGAGUUCGAAGAUAUCAUCGAUGAAUAUGCCUAUCUGGUGGGAGAGCAACAUCAGCGUGGAUUCUACGGUUCCCUUUAUAGAACUUUCAGACACUGCAAGCAUAUCAAGGCCUGGCAUGGCAUCCGAGAGAAGUUACAAGAAGCUGAGGACAAACUUCAAAAACUCAUAGAGCUGAAAGCCCGUUACAGCAUCCCAGAGUGUGUAACUUCCACAGAUGAUUCUCUUGGAAGACACCCACACCUUAAAGAGGCUCCUUAUUUCCCUGAUGAAGGUGAGAUUGUGGGCUUUGAGGCAUACAAGAAACAGCUAGUAGGAUGGCUGACUGAUGAGGAACCAUUGCGCACCAUAAUUUCAGUAUGGGGAAUGGGUGGUCUGGGAAAGACCACUCUUGUUAAUGAUGGCUACGAAAGCCAAGAAGUCAGGCGACAUUUUGAUUGCAGAGCAUGGGUACGUGUCUCCCAGAAAUAUACAGCCGAAGAUCUAAUGAGAAGACUCAUCGAAGACCUCUUCCAGGAAAAUCGUGAUGUUCCUCCAGGCAACAUUGACACAAUGCCCUGCAACCGUUUGGCGGAGAUACUUCGUAGUUAUUUGCAACAAAAGAGGUAUCUUAUCGUCCUAGAUGAUAUGUGGCACAUAAAUGUUUGGUCUGGUGAAUUGAGUCGAGUGCUCGUAGAUAGUAGAUGUAGAAGUAGAAUUGUUAUAACAACUCGGAACCAUGAUGUAGCUAUACUAGCAGUUGAAAGCCGUGUUCUCGAGCUACAGCCAUUGCAAGAGGAUGACUCAUGGAGACUCUUCUGUAACAAAGCAUUCUGGAGAUAUGCGGACAGAAGUUGUCCUCCAGAUCUAGAGUACUGGGCAAGACAAGUCUGGCAGAGGUGUCACGGCUUACCUCUUGCUAUUGUGGCCGCAGGAAGCGCGCUGUCAUAUCGAGAGAAGGAAGAGGGGAGGAUAUUCUGUCAAGGCUUCGAUUGGGAAGAGACUAGUAUGCCGUUCUCCGAAAGGGUGGGAAAUAUAUUGAAGCUCAGCUUCAGAGAUCUACCCUAUCAUCUACGGAACUGCUUUUUAUAUUGCAGCAUCUUUCCAGAGGAUUAUCUCAUAAAAAGGAAGAGACUAAUCCGGUUGUGGGUUGCAGAAGGUUUUGUUCGGAAAAGGAAAGGAAUAUCAAACGAAGAGGCAGCAGAGGAGAACCUCAAUGAGCUCAUUCGUCGAUGUAUGCUUCAAGUUGUGAGAAGGAAUUAUUUUGGUAGACCGAAGUUGUGCAGAAUGCAUGGUACUGUGAGAGAGUUAACUAGGAGAACAUCUGAACAAGAAUACUUCUGCAAGGUUUACGACGGUGAAGAAGCUGAAUCGAUCGGUGAAGCUCGCCGCUUAUUAGUUCAAAAGGGCAUCAAUGAUUUGGAGCCACACAGAGGUAUGUCCAAUGUUCGCUCUUUCUUAGUGUUUGACCUGACUAGUUUCUCUUUGCAGUCAUGGAUUUCAAGGUCAACUAGCUUUAGACUUUUGAGGGUUUUGGAUCUAGAAGGUGUUCCCAUUGAGACGGUUCCAGACGAUGUGGCCAUUUUAUUCAACUUGCGCUACCUGGGUUUAAGGAGAACCUUGGUGAAGGAGCUUCCCAGAUCCUUGGGAAGACUGCGAAACCUGCAAACCUUAGAUCUUUAUGAUACUAAAAUUGAGAAGCUGCCUCAUGAGAUAACUCAACUCAAGAAUCUCCGGAAUUUGUUCGUGGAGAGUGUUCGUGAUCCAGUAUUUGCCGAGUUGGCUAGUGAUCCUGGUGUUAAAGCACCAAAAGGGAUAUGGAAUUUGAAUAACCUGCAGACUCUGCAAUCGGUUGAAGCAGAUGAAGACAACAUGGUCCGGCACCUGGGCAAUUUGACACAACUGAGAACCCUGAGAAUAACCAGAGUAAGAGGCAUGCAUUCAGUGGAGCUGUGUUCCUCCAUAUCAAAGAUGAGCCGCCUGGUCAGCCUGGACAUUGUAGCCAGCGACGAAGGAGAAGCGCUGCAGCUGGAAGCUCUAAAGCCACCAUCAUACCUCUAUGAGAAGCUCGAUCUACGAGGGCAGCUAGAAGGUGGGGCGCUUCCUCACUGGUUCAGUUCUCUGUCAGGCCUUCGGCAUUUGGGAUUGUCUUGGUCUAGGUUGAGAGAAGACCCGCUACCUUGCCUGCAUGCACUGCCCAACUUGGCUGUUCUAGGCAUGUACAUGGCCUACGACGGACAGGAGUUGUGCUUCAAUGCAGGAGGGUUCCCUAAACUCAAAUUCCUAAUGCUGGGUGGUUCGAACCAGCUCGAUUCAAUAAGCAUGGAGGAAGGGGCAUUGCCAAGCCUGUCUGAGUUGUGCCUGCUGCGCUGCGGAGGAGUUAAGCUGCUACCUCAGGGCGUUGAACAUCUAACAAGCCUCCAAGUUUUGUUCUUGAUGGAGAUGCCACUGGAAUUCAUAGAGAGACUGCGUGGAGGGAAUGGGAACACGGAGGAGCGACAGAAGGUUCAACACAUCCCCCUAAUCAAGCAUGUAUUCAAGAGAGGAGACAGGUGGACAUCAGAAACUCUUUCCUGA